AUGUCUAUGAGUACAUCAAUUGAUGCUCGGGCACACAAAGAUUCUUGUCGCCAUUAUCUUGGCAAAAAGGAUGUAUUAUGUCCUUAUUGUUCAGCUUUACAUUGGAUGGAUGAAAAAUUGACAAAAUCAUCUGUGAAGCGUCCUUUAUUUGGAACUUGCUGUUUAGAAGGAAAGAUUAGGCUUCCUUUACUUAUUACACCUCCACCACCACUUCAGGCGUUGUAUGAUGGGAAUAAUGAGCAAUCAAAAUCCUUUCGAAGUUAUACUCGAGUGUAUAAUGCGGCCAAUGCUUUUACGAGUCUUGGUGCUACAUUGGAUCCUAGAGUACUUAGUGGAAGGGGCCCUACAUCAUUCACAAUUCAUGGGGAAUUGCGACAUCGAACAGGAUCACUACAACCACAACCAGGGCAGGAUGCGAGUUAUGCUCAACUGUAUAUCUAUGACCCUAAUUCAGCUUUAGAAAUUCGUAAUCGGAGAAAUCCUAACUUGAGAAGGGAUGUUCUCAAAACUAUUCAAGAUAGUUUGUUGCAAGUCAAUGCAUUUGUAGAUAAAUUUCGCCAGGCUCAUGCCAUUUUACAUCAAUUGGACUCGGCAGGACACAAUCUACCUGCUCAUCUUCAUUAUAAUUCAAGAACUGAUCGACGUCGAUAUAACCUACCAACCAUAGAUGAGAUUGCGAUUGUAAUACCAGGUGAUGGAACAAAGGCAAGUGGAAUGAGAGAUAUUAUCUUACAUUUUCGAGGAAAUAAUGAGUUGAUGCAAAUUAAUGAAUGUCACCCAGCAUAUUUGCCAUUACAUUACGUUCUAUUAUUUCCAUAUGGUGAGCUUGGAUGGGAACCUGAGUUGAAAUUGUGGAAUGUUCAGUAUGAUCGACCUUCAACUGAUCGACUUACUCAAAUGGAUUUUUAUAGUUAUCGUUUGUUUGAACGACCCACAGAGUAUUCAACAAUUUUGAGAGAUGGGAAACUAUUUCAAGAGUUUUUGGUAGAUGCUUGGGCUGCAACUGAGCAAAAUCGAUUGAUAUACUACAAGCUUAAUCAAGGAAAACUUCGGGCUGAGCUUUACCAAGAGUUGUCAGAUAUGGAUCCAGAUUAUGUGCGACCUGGUCAAAUUGGUCAAAGGUUUGUUUUGCCAUCUUCAUUUACUGGUAGUCCUAGACAUAUGUUUGAAAUCUUUCAAGAUUCAAUGGCUAUCACACGAUACAACCAACACCCAGAUAUUUUUCUUACCAUGACUGCAAAUCCCAAUUGGCCAGAAAUUACUUCAGCAUUACUACCAUUUCAAAAACCGAUUGAUCGUCCUGAUUUAAUUGCCCGUGUUUUUGAGUUGAAGAGAAAAUAUUUGAUGAAGGUGAUAGAAACAAAUAAAGUGUUUGGGUAUAAAGUUGCACAUGUUUUUACAAUUGAAUUUCAAAAACGAGGCCUCCCUCAUAUGCAUGCACUUUUAUUUCUUAAGGGCCCAGACAAAAUUCGGACAUGUGCUCAAGUAGACAAAUUGGUCUGUGCAGAAUUUCCAGACCCAAAAGAUGAUCCUAUGCUUUUUGAAACUAUCAAAUGUUGUAUGAUACAUGGACCGUGUGGUGCUCGAAAUCCGCAAGCACCAUGUAUGGAAAAUGGUAGAUGCACUAAGAGAUACCCUCGAGUUUUCACAGAAACAACAGCUAUGGAUCAAGAUGGAUACCCUAUCUAUCGUCGUCGCAAUAAUGGUCAAGUACAUACUGUGAGGGGGCAAAAAGUUGAUAACAGGGAUGUCGUACCAUACAAUGCAUAUCUUUCUAAACUUUUCAACUGUCAUAUAAAUGUAGAAGUUUGUGCCGGGAUGAGAUGUGUCAAGUAUAUACAUAAGUACAUUUAUAAGGGUUAUGAUCGUACAACGAUGGUGUUAGGAAUGAUAAAUGGGAUUCAACAAUAUCUCGAUGCAAGGUAUAUGGGACCUCCAGAAGCUGCUUGGCGAAUAUUUGGUCAUCCUUUGCAUGCAGAGAUGCCAACAGUUGUACGAUUGGCACUUCAUUUACCUGGAAUGCAUCGCGUUGUUUUUAACCCAGAAGAGUCAUUAGAAACGAUUCAAUCCAGAGCUGGUCAACAAAUGUCAACUCUUACUGGCUUUUUUGCAUAUUGUGCUAGCAGUGAAGAGGAAUGUCCAUUCACUUAUCAAGAAUUUCCACAGCAUUAUGUUUGGCUUAAGUCAGAAAAGAGAUGGAAAUCAAGACAAAUGGGAUAUGCAAUUGGUAGAAUGUACUUUGCUAGCCCUAAUUGUGGUGAAAGAUUUUAUCUGCGUUUGUUAUUAACCGUUGUCAAAGGACCAAAGUCAUUUCAGUCUUUACGCACGGUCGAUAAUGUUGUGCAUGAUACAUUUAAAUUAGCAUGUGUUGCAAUGGGGCUUUUGGAAGAUGAUGAAGAAUGGAUACAAUGCUUGAAAGAGGCUGUAGUUAUGAAAACUGGAUAUCAAUUGAGGAGAUUGUUUAGUAUUAUUCUCACCCAGUACUUUCCACUAAAUCCAUGUGCAUUAUGGAAUCAAUUCUCAACACAUAUAUGUGAUGACCUUGCACAUAAGAUUCGUACAUUAUUUGCCAUUUCUAACCCAACUGAGGCUCAAAUUAAAGAUUAUGGUCUCUAUCUUUUGAAUCAAAUGCUUCAUGAAUCGGCAAAAGUUUAA